AAUUUGUCAUAUAUUUGUAUAGAUAACAUUAAACAUAUCAAAUGAACGAUGAAAUCAUAUAAAUCACACAAUCGACAAAAUAUUAGUGACUAUUUGACACUAUACAUCUAGUUGGACCUUUUAUCAUCUUCUGUUUAGGUUUGUUUCUAUCAUGUGAUAAAUGAUAAUCAAGUGCUUAAUUACAGCGCUUACCUCUAAUAUUUUGACACGUUUUUAUUUUCCUAAAACGCUGAUUGGACCAUGAAUAUUUCCUUCAAAACAAAACAAUACUUAGUAGGUAGCUUUCCGGCGUGGAUAAAGGGCAAAAAAAAGUAAAUAGGGAAUCAUAUUCCCCACUUCUCACUAAUAAUUACGAAUCAUAGAAUAGUAAAAGUCAAAUUAACUAUCUCUACAUUGACGUCUAUCUAUAAAUAUGGAUAUUCACAAAGUUUGUAGAGGCAUAGACUUCCAAUUGAUAGCUUUUUUCACAGCAAAAGCAGAAACUAAGCUAAAAAAAUGAGUAGCUCCCUGAAGCCUCGUUACUACCACACAGCCAAAGUUGAAGAAGCUAAUAACAAAACAGAAAGGCCGAUGGAGUAUUUCAACAAGAUAACUAAUUCUACGGCUAUGAGGAAGCAGCCACAGGCGUCAGAAACUAAGGUGGCGCCACCAAAGAAACUGGAGAGCAAGCCAUCGGAAGACAUCAACGAAAGCGCGGAGAAUUUCAUAAAGAAGUUUAAGCAACAGCUACUUCUCCAGAGGCUUGAGUCCAUUGAGAACUAUGAGCAAAUGCUUAAGAGGGGAACAUAGCAUUGCUGUCUUUCGUCUCCUUUUUUCUCAAAUUUUCGCGUGUUAUGGAUUGUUUGAUUGUUUUGCUACUAUGCACUAAGUCAUAAUUAUAAAUAACUUGUAAUUUAUUGGUCUUCAAACUGGCCUUCUUGCCGUGCUUUACUGCGUGUUUAAUUUAUACUGCUUGCUAUAA